UAGAAAAACGUAAUUGGUAUUCUGUGGUUACAGAGAAAAGUUCCAUAAAGUAUGUGUGACGUAUAAAGGGCUAAUAGUUUCAUAAAUAAUUGCCUUGUUUUGAGGCAUCAUAAAACAAAACAAGAACAUCUAAUGGCGGAAGGAAGACAAAAUACUACGGACCCUGGUGUCCGCUCAGCAAAGGAUGAGGGAAAGCGUUUUCUUCAUGACAUGCAUAAGGGAGCAAAAUUUGUUGAAGGGGAGAUAAAGCAUCCACAUUUGCAUUCCUCAAAUCAUAAUGCUGGUAUUGGUUCUGAAAGCAAAGCUAAGUCGGGACCUAGACCGGAGUAUCAGAAGUCGUAGAAACGGAGAAGAAGAACGACAAUGAAAUGAAAUGCAAUAAGGAUCACUGAACAAGCAAUGAUGAGUGGUAGGAGGCGGGAAAUUUGUUGUGAAU